ACCUUUCCUUCCUUUUCGUUUAAAGUUUUCCUUCUCUUUAUUUCCCCUACCUUCUCCUUCCCCUUCCCUCACAUCCUCCCAAACAUACCACAAAUGACGUCCUCCGGCCCUCUUUCGCUGCCUCCGCCGCAUGUGGUCGACGACUGCCGCGGCGUCCUCCAAGUGCUCAGUGACGGCACCGUCCUCCGCUCCGCCAACACCAGCUUCCUCGUUCCCGUCGCGGACGACGGUUCCAUCGAGUGGAAGGACGUCCCCUUCUCCCCCGGUCCCGACGCCCGCUGCCUCCGCCUCUAUCGCCCCCGCCGCGCCCCCGGCACCUGCUUCCCCGUCUUCUUCUACUUCCACGGCGGUGGCUUUUGCAUCGGCUCCCGCACCUGGCCCAACUUCCAUAACUACUGUCUCCGCCUCGCCUCCGACCUCGGCGCUUUCAUCGUCGCCCCCGACUACCGUCUGGCCCCCGAGAACCGCCUUCCUGCCGCCAUCGACGAUUCCGUCGCGGCGAUCGAGUGGCUCCGUUCCGGAGAUCCCUGGCUGGCCGAGUCGGCAGACCUUGACCGGGUAUUCAUCUCUGGAGAUUCGGCCGGUGGGAACAUCGCCCACCACAUCGCCCUCAGGUUCGGUUCCCCGGCCAGCCGCGCCGCCCUGGCGCCCGUCCGCCUCCGGGGAUUCGUGCUCCUGAUGCCCUUCUUUGGCGGAUCCAGGCGGACGCGGUCGGAGGCGGAGUGCCCCGACGACGCGUUCCUGAACCGGGACCUCAACGACCGGUACUGGCGGCUCUCGAUUCCGGCUGGAGCAACACUGGAUCACCCGCUGGUGAAUCCCUUGGGGCCGGAGAGCCUGGAUCUGGAAGCGGCGGAGCUCCUGCCGAUGCUUGUGGUGGUGGGAGAGAGGGAUCUUCUGCGUGACAGGGCGGCGGAGUACGCGGCGACGCUGAAAGGGUGGAAGAAGCCGGUGGAGCUGGCGGAAUUCGCGGGGCAGCAGCACGGGUUCUUCACGAUCGACCCAAGAUCGGAGGCGUCGGACGAGCUGAUGAGGCGCAUCAAGCGGUUCAUGGAGGAGAACGAGGGCUACGCCUAAGCAAGCUGAACCCGGUUUGGUUCGAUUUGAUUUUAUUCGGUCAGUAAGAACCAAGUUCAAAUAAAAAAAUGGAAUUGCGAUCCACGUUUUCUCAAAUAUGAAUUAUGCUCGUGGUAUCGUGUUAUUAAUUA